AUGAGUGGCUUCCAAGACCCGGAGAAGCUGGCGGCGGCCAGAGAGCUGGCUCAGGCCUUCUCAAAGGUCAAAGACCCAAAGAAGAAGAAGAGCACCGGCGGCGGCGGUAGUCAACAACCUCGCUACGAACAGUGGGAGCCAUAUCCGCCUCAGCAUCAUCAGCAUCAUGGUCAUCAUGGUCACCAUGCUCAGUUUGCUCCGCAGCAGUACUGGCAGAGUGCUGGCCCUCCCAUCAGCUCGGUGCCGCCCCCAAGCCAGAGAAUGUAUGCUUCCACGACAUCCUUUUCGACUGGAAGGGCAGGCAAGGUCAGCGUGAUUGGGAACGCGGGCUUGGACUUUAUCAAACAAGCUGGUAUGCGACCCCGAGCAGCACAAGCCCAGCCAACUCAGGUCCCCAUGACCGGCCAGACACUCUAUACUGGCUUUCAAUCGGACUUUGGCAACACUGGUGUGGCGGAUCACACCCAUUUUACAUCAGCUUACCCUCAGGUCGCCGGGGGAACCGCCCCUGGAAACAUCCUCGAGACCUUCUUUGCCAUCGCAGCAAAGAAGCCAACGCUGGGUCAAGAAAUUGAGACCCUGACUGAGAUCUUACCCAAGGCCAUGGAUCUUAAUGGCCCAGGCGCGACAGCUACCGAUGCUCAGGCAGACAAGCAUGUGUCCUACGCAAACUUUAGUCAAGAGCAAAAUGGAAAAGGCAAGACUUUGAGCCAUCGAGGGUCUUGGUUUAUUGGCAACGGUGAUGACAAGACCAACGAUGCUAGCAAUCCUACUCGAACAAACGACAAGCAGGGAACCCAGACUCGAGGCUCGCACUCGCGCAAACUCUCCCCUGUUGCGGCGGUCUUUGUGCCAGCCAACAAUGGAGCUUUGUCACAGUCUGACGGUGUCAACAGAGAGUCGAAGAUCGCUGCCGCCCAGCAGACCAAGGGAUUGUCAGGCUCGAUGUGGGCAUGA